AUGGGCAGAUUAUAUACCAAACCCACACAUUUCGCCGAAGAAGACGUUGUUCCGUAUAGCAAGAAAGAGGUCGUGAACUGCCUAUUCUUCAAUAUGCCUACAGUCUACCCCGAGAACGACUUCGAGCCAUUGACUAUGGACUUGUGGCCUGAGUACGUGCCAGCGCAGGAUGGAAGCCUCACAGAAGCGGGAAACAGGCUCGCGAUGCUCGUGAUGGGCAUCUUCGGCGAGUUAGCUUUAAGUGUUUGUGCCAGGUCACGUCAGGCCUUCAGAGGUAUAACACAUAUCGAGAAUUGCGAUGGCCUGUUUGUCGUGUUGGAGCAUCCGAGAUCAGCGAGAGGGGAUACCGAAAUUGGAGACUAUAAGCCAACGAUGGCUCUUUGGACGGCCGUCCUCGAAGAGCUUCAGCUCUCUGACAACGUUCGCGUGAAACAGGUGAUGAGGACUUACUCGACGGAUCCCGUAACCGUCCAAUCUUUGAGGAAUCUUCUGGAAACCAUUGCGGCAGCAAGAAAAGCUGACCAGAGCUUCAGCGUUGCCUUGCGCUUCUCAGCACCUACCCCGAGACUGCAUGUUUCGGUCCCUGGUGUGUCUGUUGCAUCCGCUCACAGCCUAGUGGAACUGGAAUCAGACUCACGAUCAGCGGUAACAGGGCAACAAGUCAAUCAAUAUGUUCUGUUGCUGACGGUUGCGAAAGAUUUGCUCCGUGCUGCUCUGGGAGCAACGACGCACGACGGGUUUGCGGCUACGAGGUAUGAGGUGGAAAGAUACCUUAGGAAGGCCGUCCGACGAGCGGGUCGUCACGACGAUCCAGGUGCCAGCUCCCAAGUCGAAGCAGCGUCAUAUUGA